UCCUGGGCAGCGGCUGCGCCCGGAGGACUCGCAGCUGCCUGGGUGGGGGUUCCAGGAAACGGCGGCACCCUGCCCCUCCCCACCUGGCUCAGGAAUGGUGCGCCCCGGAAACCCCCGCCAGACCUGCCCCGGCCUGGGGGCAGGGUGCCAGGGCGCUGGGUCUCUGCGGGGCGAAGUCCCCACCGCCAGGGCGGGCAGCCGGGGUCCCAGCCCCGCGGCCUCCUCGCGCCCCUCGUGCGGGAGAGGUGGUGGAGAGGGCCCCGGAGCCUGUGGGCCUGAGCGCGGCAGGUCGCUCGGGAGGAGGGAGCCGGCUCCAGGGCCAGGACGGGCACCCUCGGCCCCACCUCGCAACUUUCCGGCUGAGGCUGAGCGGGGGUCCAGGCCGGAUUUCCCGGGCGGGCGCGCGGAGGGAUUGGGUGGUGGGGGGCAGCUCGCACUGCGCAUCCCGACGCUGUCUGGCACCCCGCCCUGCGGCUCCUCUGGGCCCCACCGGUCUUGCCCACGCCCUUGGGCUGAGCCAACUUUCCUGAGUCCGGAGCUCCCAGGGGUGAGGGUGGGGAGGCCUGGAGGGCAGGGCGGCCACAGCCAGGCCGGGCAGAGCCCUGUGGGAGCCUGUUGCUCCCACCCCACUCCCACGGGGUGAACAGACCCGGGGCUGCAGCCCCAGACAAGGCCGCUGUGGUUCUGAUUGUGUCAGUGACUGUGGGUGAUGGUCACGGCAGAGCUGGGACAAAGGGCCUGUUUAAGGCCGGCCCCUCCCUCCAGCUGGCUGCGCCUGGCUGAUGGAAUGUGGGGGUGUGGGUCUCCUGAGAACAGGAGGACCUUGGAGCCCCCGCAGGAGUGACCUGGAGUGACCCCGUGGGCUUGUGUGUGAUGUGACCGGGAGGCCGUCCUGUCUCCUGCUUCCUCCUGGGCUGGGGGCUGAGGCCCAGGCUGGCUUCCUGCUGGAGGAAGUGCUUUAGGUCACAGGGCGGGUACAGGGAAGGCCUCUGAGCUGACCUUUCUCUUCAAGCGGGAGGUUCUCUGGGCCAGAACCCUGGGAAUGGAGGGCUGGGAGGGGCUGUGUCCACAGGCACCCUGCCCCUUCCCCAUUUCCCCACGACUGGCGACAUGCAGGAAGCAGAUGGGGAACUGCAACCCCCUUCCUCCCUCCCUCCUUCCCCCUCCUUCCCCCUCCAGCCUGGGCAGUGGAAGGGGCCGUCCCCUCGGUCCAUUCUGGCCUCCCGCUUAUUUGGGGCCACUCACCUGACCACGAGUUCAGCUGUGGUUGGGGCAGGAUGGGGGCUCAGCCGCCUGGGCUGUGAGUGACACCUCCCACCGUCCCCAGGGGAGUGGGUGGUUUGGACGCGAGCCGGGCAUUGAAGGCCAACUUGCUCCCUGUCUCCGCAGAUGCCUAGCGGGAGGCUCUGGAGUCGGCGCCCAGGCCCGGAGCUGGCCUAGGUCUGCAGGCCGGCUGGGUGUGGGCCGCAGACAUGGCCCAACCGCUGGCCUUUGUCCUCGAUGUCCCUGAGACCCCAGGGGACCAGGGCCAGGAGCUCAGCCCCUACGAUGAGAGCGAAGUGCACGAUUCCUUCCACCAGCUCAUCCAGGAGCAGAGCCGGUGGGUGGCUGAGGAGGGGCUGGAGCUGCAGGAGAGGGAGCCGGGGGCCCCAGGCAGUGGCCACGAGACCCUCCUGGGGCCCGAAGGUGGCCCGGUCCACAGCGCGGCCACACUGCGCAUCUUGGCCAGCAUGCCCAGUCGCACGAUUGGCCGCAGCCGUGGCGCCAUCAUCUCCCAGUACUACAACCGCACCAUGCAGCUGCGGCGCAGGAGCGGCCGGCCCCUGCUUGGGGACGUGGUGACACGCUCAGCCCGACCCAGCAUCCGCCUCUACGACCUUGAGCUGGACCCCGCGGCCCAGAAGGAGGAGGAGAAGAGGAACCUCCUGGUGAAGGAGCUUCAGGGCCUGUCAGCCGCCCACCGCGACCACAUGCUCCGCGGGAUGCCCUUGAGCCUGGCGGAGAAACGCAGCCUGCGAGAGAAGAGCCAGAGCCCCCGCGGGAAGCGGAGGGGCCAGCCUGGCCGUGGUGGGCUCCUCUCCUGCUGCAGCCGGCUCGGGGACGCCUGCGUCCUGGCCUUGCACAGCCUGGGGCUCGCGCUGCUCUCAGGCCUGCACGCCCUGACGCCCUGGCGCUACGCCCUCAAGCGCAUCGGGGGCCAGUUCGGAUCCAGCGUGCUCUCCUACUUCCUCUUCCUCAAGACCCUGGUGGCCUUCAACGCCCUGCUGCUGCUGCCGCUGCUGGCCUUUGUGGUGGGCGUGCAGGCUGCCUUCCCGCCGGACCCCAGCCCCGGCCCCGGCCCCGGCUGCACGGGCCUGGAGCUCCUCACGGGCGCGGGCUGCUUCACCCACACCGUCAUGUACUACGGCUACUACACCAAUGCCACGCUGAACCAGCCAUGUGGCCACCCCCUGCAGGGUGGCCAGUGCAGACCCAGGGCAGGCGGCCUGCCCUACAAUAUGCCCCUGGCCUACCUCUUCACUGUGGGGGUGGCCUUCUUCAUCACCUGCAUCACCCUGGUGUACAGCAUGGCCCACGCUUUCGGGGAGAGCUACCGGGUGGGCAGCACCUCUGGCGUCCACGCCAUCACCGUCUUCUGCUCCUGGGACUACAAGGUGACUCAGAAGCGGGCCUCGCGCCUCCAGCAGGACAACAUCCGCACCCGGCUGAAGGAGCUGCUGGCCGAGUGGCAGCUGCGGCAGCGCGCCCGGAGCGUGUGCGGGAGGCUGCGGCAGGUGGCCGUGCUGGGGCUCGUGUGGCUGCUGUGUCUGGCGACCGUGCUGGGCUGCGCCGCGGCCGUCCACGCCUUCUCAGAGCUCAUGCUCCAGGGCCCGGUGGCUGCUGGCCAGGAGGUGGCCCUGCUGGCGCUGCCCCUGGUGGUCUGCCUGCUCAACCUGGGGGCCCCCUACCUGUACCGCGGCCUGGCCGCCCUGGAGCCCCACGACUCCCCGGUGCUGGAGGUGUACGUGGCCAUUGGCAGGAACCUCAUCCUCAAGAUGGCCACCCUAGGGGUGCUCUGCUACCACUGGCUGGGCCGCAGGGUGGGCGCCCUGCAGGACCAGUGCUGGGAGGACGUUGUGGGCCAGGAGCUGUACCGCUUCGUGGUGCUGGACUUGCUCUUCGUGCUGCUGGACACGCUCUUCGGGGAGCUGGUGUGGCGGGUUAUCUCUGAGAAGACAACAAAGACGAGGCGGAAGCCUGAGUUUGACAUCGCCCGGAAUGUUCUGGAGCUGAUUUACGGGCAGACUCUGACCUGGCUGGGGGUCCUCUUCUCGCCCCUCCUCCCCGCCGUGCAGAUCCUGAAGCUGCUGCUCCUCUUCCACGUCAAGAAGACGAGCCUCCUGGCCAACUGCCAGGCGCCGCGCAGGCCCUGGCUGGCCUCGCACAUGAGCACCGUGUUCCUCUCGCUGCUGUGCUUCCCGGCCUUCCUGGGCGCCGCCGUCUUCCUCUGCUACGCCGUCUGGCAGGUGAAGCCCUCGAGCGUGUGCGGCCCCUUCCGGAGCCUGGACACCAUGUACGGGGCGGGCACGGCGUGGGUGCGCCACCUGGAGGCGGCGGGGCCCCGGCUCUCCUGGCUGCCCUGGCUGCACCGGCACCUGGUGGAAAACACCUUCGUCAUCUUCCUGCUGUCGGCCCUGCUGCUGGCUGUGAUCUACUUCAACAUCCAGGUGGUGAGGGGCCAGCGCAAGGUCAUCUGCCUGCUCAAGGAGCAGAUCAGCCACGAGGGGGAGGACAAAAUCUUCUUAAUCAACAAGCUCCAUUCCGUCUACGAGAGGAAGGAGAGAGGGCAGCGGAGCAGGUGUGCGGGGCGCUCGGGCAAGGAGGAGAGCUAAGUUUGGCGAGGGAGGAAAUGGAAAUGCAAGACCUGCCCUCAGCGCCCUGUGCCACCCCUGUAAGUCGCUUGGUGCCAGCCUGGCCGGGCCUCCUCCCCGUGGGGUCAGUGGCUGUCACUGGGGCAGACGUCCGGGGCCUGUGGUUGGACCUAGGGAAAGGGAGAUGGCCGGGACGCAGAUACCUGUGAAAUCCAAAAGCAUUCUUGUCGCGGGAGGGGCCACCGAGGCCGGCCAUCUUUGCAGGGACCCUGACUACAGGAGGGUGGGUGAUGUGACAGCCUCUGGCCUCGGGGUGGACAGGCAGACCCGUGAACAGGUGCACGCACACGCAUCCCAGCCCCAGGGCUGUUUCUUUCCCUUUCUGGACCCCUGGCCUGGUGGGCAGCGGGCUGAGGCUGGCCCCUCGGGGAGCUCCCAGGCUGGCCCUCGCCCUGGCCGAACAGUGGCUGUCUGUGUGCGUGUCCCGCGUUUGGGAGCCUUUCCGAGUAAAACCCACGGAGCAAACAUGCUGGCUCUGAGCUCGCCUCGGGGGACCCCAAGGUCAGGCACGAGGCCUCAUCCUCGGCCUCAGGAGACUGCAGGGCCCUGCCUCAGUUCUCCCCUGUGGAGGAGGGACUGGCAGCCCAGGCCCCGUUGCUGGGGUGUGUGGGGCACUCCUUGGCCCUCGCCUGUGACGGCAGCCACUGGGUUACACGGUGUGAAAUUGCUGGAACCCACCACCUUUGACCCCAGAAGAGGCAAUUUCACGAGGCCCAGCACCCCCACGUUAAAGACCUCAGAGGAGGGUCCUUGCAGUGUCUCCCAGCCUUCGCCUGGCCUGCCUGGAGCUUUCUAGACUCUUCUUUGGAAGCUGUUGGGUGUUGGCCUGUCCCUUGCUGGCCCAGCCUGGUCUGUUGGGCCCCUUGCUGACGCCCCUACUGGCAGGGCUGGUAGAACCCAGGAGGCUGCGACCCCCCUGCCCUGCUCGCAGAAGAAGGGGACACCUGGUGGGACAGCAACAGGCUGAGCAGGCUCACCCAGCGCCCUGGGUCACCCUUUGUCCCAUGGCUCGGACUCCAACAUGAGACCACACUGGCUCCUCAGUGACGUUGCUAGGACACCGGGAUGGCGAAGUGACUCUGCUUCCCCUUUGGAAAGCGGGGGCAGAGGACCCCACCCUGCCCCACUCUAUUUAUUCUGAUUAAAUGGAUUUUGCAAAGUGG